GACAUCUCGCGAUAGUUCGGCGGCAUAAAUACAGCUGCCGCGGGUCUCGCCGUAUGAAUCAGUUCACUGCUGGAGUCUUCACACACUCAUCAGUCGGUUUCUUGUUUGACACAAACAUGGCAGCAGCUGCAGUUAUCACAAAUCAGAACCUGGUGGACAGGGUGACCAGCCUUCCUCUGGUCAGCUCCACCUACGGCCUGGUGUUCAGCGUCUACUCCAACACCAAGGACCAGCACCCUUACAUCAGGUCCGUGUGCGAGGCUGCGGAGCAGGGCGUGCGCAGCAUCACGGCGGUGGCCCUCACCACGGCCUCGCCCAUCAUGGACAAGCUGGAACCUCAGAUUGCUGUUGCCAACAGCCUGGCCUGCAAAGGUUUGGACACGAUUGAGAAAAAACUACCAAUUCUCCACCAGCCGUCUGAGCAGAUCGUUUCCAGCGCCAAGGACGCGGUCAACACGGCCAAGGGCACCGUCUCAGAGACCCUGACCAACGUGGUGGAGAAGACCCGGGGCGCGGUGCAGGACGGGGUGGAGAAGACCAAGGCUGUGGUGAGCGGGAGCGUCAGCAGCAUGCUGGACAGCCGCGUGGGCCGCCUGGUCAGCAGCGGGGUGGACGCGGCGCUCAGCACCUCCGAGAGCCUGGUGGAGCAGUUCCUGCCUCUGACGGAGGACGAGCUGGAGCUGGAGGCAACAACGGUUAAAGGCUUUGAUAAGAAGGAGCCAAGCUACUACGUCCGCCUGGGUUCGGUCUCCACCAAGCUGAGGAGGCGCGCGUACACCAGGGCUGUGGCCAAGAUCCAAGACGGCAAGCAGCGCAGCAUGGAGUUCAUUUCUGAGCUCAACACCACUGUUGACAGGAUUCAACGUGGCAGGAAGGAAACCAAAGAAAACUCUUUGGUGACGUGGAGGUCCAGUAGUUCCCACCAGGAGGACGGUCACGGAGCAGAGGUUAUUGAGUCUCGCACCCUGGCUCUGGCUCGCUCCCUCACCCAGCAGCUCCAGACAACCUGCCUGGUCCUGGUUUCCAGCCUGCAGGGCCUCCCAGCACACGUCCAGCAGGAGGCGCUGUCCCUCAGCCGCUCCGCCUCCCACGUCUACGUCAGCUUCAGCAAAGCCAAGGCGCUGGGAGACCUGCCGGACAGCGUGCUGAGCAGCUGCAAGGCGCAGCUGGGCAAAAUGAAGGACUCCCUGGACAACGUCAUGGACUACCUGGUCAACAACACGCCGCUCAACUGGCUGGUGGGACCCUUCUACCCCCGGAUGGCCCCCGAGCAGAGCGGCCGCUCCAGCCGCGCCUCCACACAGCCGCCCAGCGAGGUGGAGAUGGAGUCACUGGACUCCCAGCAGCAGCAGUGAUCCAUCGGCUGAGCGGAGCAGCACCCGCCACUGCUCCGUGUGGGUGGAGAGCGACGUUUAAGAUGAAUGCUGUGAUUCGCUGAUGUAACCAACCAGCUGUUUUUUACAUUUUAUACAUAAAAUAUGCUUUGAUCACGUUACUUAUCUGCUCGCUAUAAAAAGGUCAUGAAUCAAAAAGUCCCAUUGCCAAAACGAAUCCUGUGCUCAUUUCUACAUGAAUAUUAAAGUAAUUUAUAGAUA